AUGAAAGAGAGCAAAGCAAGCAAGCAGAAAUCAGAGCUCGCGCAGUACUCCAGCAGCCCGGCUCCUUACCCACCUGAAGAGCAGCAAAGUGAUAAAUCACAGUUAGAAAAAAGCGAUGGAGACUUCUACCUUGAUCAGUACCUAAGUUGGGAUACUCCUCAAGAAGUAAUGGUUGUGAAGUCAGCUCAGAAUAAACUCCCUGCAGCAGCACGGCAGGCAGGUAUCCAACAGUCUGUACUGCUCCAUCUUGCUGUCUUCCAAGUCUUGCCUCUGUCAUUUAUUGGAAUGCUAGAAAUAAACAAAAAGGUAUUUGGUAACAAUGUAACAGACGUUGCUAUUUCUAAUGGAAUCCUGAUUGGAAUGUACAGCAUGGGUUUGGUCAGGCUCUAUAACUUCCAGGCUAUCUCUGAACAGUUCAUGGAGCAGCCAUUUGAUCUGGGAUGUGAAUUCAGUUGGAAUGGUGAAGUGGGAGUUGUGGGAAAGUAUCCAUUUGGUCUUCCAUGUAACAUCAAAAUAACAGAAAUUCUAAAAAGUUCAAGUGAGACAAUUGAGGUGGGAGUAAGUUUCUCCAAAAUCAAAUAA